CUGUCUAUCCACCCCACUGCCGUCCCGAGUCCCAAGGCGUUGACCGAUAUUUACUGUAAACUCCCAGUCUGUUACAGCUGCAGUCAGAGCUAUUCACACAGCCGAGAGGACACGUUGGGCUAAUACUACCUACAGUAGCCUACGGAGUUGAACWUUGCGAGAUGUCUCUUCAGGCAGAGUUUGAGCGAGUAGCAGAUGAUGUGAAGAAGGUGAAGUCCAGACCUUCAGACCAGGAGCUGCUGGACAUGUAUGGUCUGUAUAAGCAGGCCAUAUUUGGAGACAUCAACAUUGACAAACCAGGCAUGUUAGACAUGAAGGGAAAAGCCAAGUGGGAGGCCUGGGAUUAUAGGAAAGGUAAAAUAAAAAUAUUUAGUCUUCUCUCAGAAUGUAAAAAAGGAAUCGCCUCCACACUAGCCUUCCAUCCUCUACCCUUGUUUCAGUCUUUGGAACAUUCUAAUCCAGUGAUGAACAUUUAGUGAACAGAAUGCUACAGUAAGGGGUAAUGAUAACCCCCAUCUAGAG